AUGACAUGCAAUCCAAAUUGGCUUGAGAUUAAAGAGUUGUUAUACUAUAAUGAUGAGGCACAUAAUAGACUUGAUCUUCUUGCAAGAGUUUUUCGAGCACGGGUUGAAGUAAUGAAAGAUGACAUUUUGAAAAAACAAAUUUUUGGUGAAGUUGCAGCCUAUACAUAUGUGAUUGAGUUUCAAAAGAGAGGCCUUCCUCAUGCUCAUUUUUUAUUGAUUCUACGCGGGAAACAUAAAAUUACUUCACCAGAUCAGAGUGAUAAGAUUGUGAGUGCUGAAAUACCAGAUAAAAAUGUUGAUCCUUAUUUGCAUAGUUUAGUUGCAAGGCAUAUGAUUCAUGGUCCAUGUGGGUCUUUAAAUCCUACAUUUUCUUGCAUGGUCCAAAAAAGAGAAGGGAAAAACAGGUGUUGUAAAAGUAAAUACCCUAAAUCGUUUUCUAAUGAAACAGUUUUGGGUGAUGAUUCCUACCCUAUUUAUCGUAGGAGGGAUACUUUUAAAACUGUUUUUGUUAGGGGACAUGUGUUGGAUAAUCGAUGGGUUGUUCCUUAUAACAAAUAUUUAUUGGAGAAGUUUGAUUGCCAUGUUAAUGUUGAAAUAUGUGCAGGAAUUAAAUGUGUUAAAUAUAUUUAUAAGUAUAUUUAUAAAGGACAUGAUAGAGUUAGCAUUCGGUUGUGUGGAAAUAAUGUUGUUGAGGAAUAUGAUGAAAUUAAAGAAUUUCAGAAUGCAAGAUGGGUAUCACCUCCUGAGGCAGCAUGGAGGAUUUUUAGCUUUAAUCUUGCUGAAAUGAAACCUUCUGUUGUGCAUUUGCAAGUUCAUUUACCAAACUAUCAGUAUAUCAAAUUCAAUAAACACGAGAAGUUGGUUAGCAUCGUUGAUGAAAAGAAUGGAGAACAAAAUUAUCGUUCUCGCACAAUGCUAACUCAAUUUUUCUAUAUGAACAGAGUAGAUCAACUUGCAAAACAACUUAACUUAUUAUAUCUUGAGUUUCCAGAAUUCUUUGUUUGGUCAUUGAAUGAUAAGCGUUGGCAUCAAAGGAAACAAAGAGAGGUCAUUGGAAGAGUUGUAUCAGUUAUGCCGUCAGAAGGUGAACGUUAUUAUUUAAGAUUAUUACUAAUGAAUGUCAGAGCUCCUACUUCUUUUUGUAGUUUGAAGAUAAUUAAAGGACAUACAAUGGAGACCUUUAGAGAGGCUGCUGAAAAAUUGGGACUGCUAUCCAGUGAUUGUAGCAUAGAGAGUUGUAUUGAAGAAGCUAUUUUGUGUCAAAUGCCAACAAGUUUGCGACAGUUAUUUGCUACUCUACUAAUCUUUUGUGAUUUACCUAAUCCAGUAAGGUUUUGGAAUAAAUAUAAGGAAUUCUUUUGUCAAGAUUUUAUGAACUCAACUAAGUAUACUAAGUUUGAAGCUGAACUCAAAGCACUUCAACUUGUGAAGCACUUGCUACAAAAAAAUGGUAGAAAAAUCACCGAAUUUAAAUUACCUGACCCUGAUGUUUAUCUUUCUGAUUCCCAAAGACAAUAUAAAGAAGUUGAGGUAGAAAGAAACCUAGGAAUCAAUGAAUAUGACUUGCAUUGUAUUGACAAACUAAAUGACAUGCAACGAUUGGCUUUUGAUAAAAUUAUGGUUGCUGUACAUUCAGAUUGUGGUGGAGUAUUUUUUCUUGAUGGCCCUGGUGGAACAGGAAAAACAUUUCUUUAUAGAUGUUUAUUGGCAAAGGUUCGGUCACAGGGAUUUAUUGCACUAGCUACAGCGAGUUCAGGUAUUGCCGCUUCAAUUCUACCUGGUGGUAGAACGGCUCAUUCUAGGUUUAAGAUUCCUAUUGAUGGGGAUAAUAGAUAUGUGUGUAAUAUUAGUAAACAAAGUGCAGAAGCUGAAUUACUAAGGCAUAGCAAGUUGAUAUUGUGGGAUGAAGCUUCCAUGGCCAAUCGUAAAUGUGUAGAGAGUCUUCCAUGGCCAAUCGUAAAAAAAAAAAUGUAUGAUAUUUUGCAACUUUUCAUGACAUCAAAUGUUGUGGCCUUAACUUGA